UGCCUUCCCUAUAUUUGCUGGCAUUGUAAGGAACUAACAAGAUCUUUACCUCUCUCUUCUACAGGACUGCAAACCUUAAGAGGUUCAUAUUUCAAGUCCUAGAGUGAGGAAUGAACAGCCUAGCAGACUCUUCAGGGCUGUUCUUCAACACUUCCCUGGAAAAUUCAGAACAAUGUGGCAAAGAGACCAAUAUGGAGAACAUCCUUUUUGCUACUUUCUACCUUCUGGAUUUCAUCCUAGCCUUUGUUGGCAAUGCGCUGGCUCUUUGGCUUUUCAUCCGGGACAAAAAAUCAGACACCCCGGCCAACAUUUUCCUGAUGCACCUCGCUGUGGCCGAUCUAUCUUUCGUAUUAGUUUUACCAACUCGGCUGGUAUACCACUUUUCAGGCAAUCACUGGCCAUUUGGAGAGAUCCCAUGCCGACUCACAGGCUUCCUUUUCUACCUCAAUAUGUAUGCCAGCAUCUACUUCCUCAUGUGCAUCAGCGUAGAUCGCUUCCUAGCUAUCGUGCACCCUGUAAAGUCCCUCAAACUCCGCAGAUCACUCUAUGCCCAUUUGGCCUGUGCUUUCCUGUGGGUUAUAGUUGCUGUGGCAAUGGCACCUCUUUUGGUCAGUGUACAGACAGCUGAGAUGAACAAUACCACCAUCUGCCUUCAGCUCUACAGAGAAAAGGCAUCACGCCAUGCUCUUGUAUCACUGGUGGUGGCAUUUACCCUUCCAUUUUUUACUACAGUGACCUGCUACUUACUGAUUAUACGCAGCCUGAAAAGAGGGAACAGAAUUGAGAGUCAUCUAAAGGAAAAAGCUAUCAAAAUGAUAAUAAUGGUUCUUAUGAUCUUCUUGGUCUGUUUUGUGCCCUAUCAUAUCAACCGCUACAUUUAUAUUCUCAAUUAUGAUGGUGUGAAGACUUCCUGUGAAAUGCAGCGGAUUCUGGCUCUUGGCAAUCGUGUUACUUCCUGCCUCACCAGCCUGAAUGGUGCCCUGGAUCCUGUCAUGUAUUUCUUUGUAGCUGAGAAGUUCCAAGAGGCCUUAUGUGGUUUGUUUUGCAGCAAAAAGGUGGCAAGGCUACCUUCAAGUUAUGAUGGGAAAACAAAUGAUAGCUCCUUGAGUGCUAAGUCUGAACUGUAAAUAUAUGAAAGCUGUUUUUAAAGAAAGACUUCGAUCCAGUACAAUUAAAUUACUAAGAUAGCAAAAUAGUGUUUCUCAAAGAGCACAGUCUGAUCUCAUGCUUCAUUCUUGAGGAAACAAAGAAGACAUAGUGCUACAAUUGGGGGCCUCUCCACCAGUCAUUAAUAAAGAAAAAUCACACACAUGGAUGCAUGCUCUGCAUUUAGCAGAACAUGCAACUUGGCCCUAAGUUGAUGAAAACCCAUUUGUCAGUGUUAGACAGAGUCUGAUCACACUUCUCUUCACACCAGGAACAAAAUUCUCUUGGAAGAGGCCCUUCUAAGG